AUGCCUGUCUUAGAUGUCAAGCUGAAAACAAACAAGAGGAUUGCGUUGUGGUCUGGGGAGAAUGUAAUCAUUCCUUCCAUAACUGCUGCAUGUCCCUGUGGGUGAAACAGAACAAUCGCUGCCCUCUCUGCCAGCAGGACUGGGUGGUCCAGAGAAUCGGCAAGUGAGAGCGAGGAAGCGUCCUUGGUGCAGUUAUCCAGGAGAGCCCUGGUACAGCUGGUUACCAAGUGCCCUGAGAAAGCCGGAACACUCCAGGGAGUCCACUCUUCACGUAGGAGGCCACGGGCCUGUGGGCCUUUGGGACUCCGCGAGGCCUGGCUUAACGUUUCUCAGUUUAUUUUCAGAAAUCCUCUACAAUUAAGAAGGUAAUUUAUUAAAGAUCGUCUUUCCUACCUCUGUAGUGUGUGUCAUACACACUGCUCAGAAGUGCUUAAAAAAAAAAAAGGAGCAAGCUCCAAAUGGAAUGGCCUUUAUAAUACACCGGUUUGUAGGCGGGGGCUGUGGAGGCCGUUCAUUCAGAGAACUUUGUGCACGCUCAUGGUUGACCAGUUAAACAGAGAAUGUAAUAGUAACAAAGUGCAGUUUAAAUCCUUAUCCUUAAUUUGUUCCUGAUACUUACUUUUGGUGGGAAGGGAGGAUGAUCCAUGACGUCUAUAUUUGAGAAUUUUCAAUUCGGACCAGUGAGCAGGAUAAAUAUUAAUAAAAUUUAACUUCUGGGUAAAUGAGAUUCGCUUGUCCUCCAAGUUACGUCUGACUCAUCAAGAAAACCCGGGUCUUCGCUCGCAUCACCGUUCAGUCAUUGAGUGGGAAGGACGGAAGUGUUCUCUAGCUCUGGUUAGAUUAUGUUGUGAUUGAACUGUGUUAACAAGGGAAAAAGUUUACCGUUGUAGCUUUGGUUCAAAAAGUUUAUUUUAUCAUGUUCUAAUAAAUGGUUUAUUCUAUUUACCUUGA